AGAACAUUUGGCCAACAAGGGAGUCAAGGAGACGAUUUUCAAGGGCCUAGAAAGUCGUUGAAACUUCAACGAACAGCAGCGACGAGUAGACUAGCAGGUCAGACGGUAUGAACUAAAAACACUAGAUGCAGCAUUAUACAUCACUGCGGUGGAAAAUGGUGCAGUGUUGUUCAUCGGCCCCGUCCAAGUCUCGCUUUUCCCUGAGCAGCUCGCGUGAAGUGAGGAAUCUGAGAUCGAUACAUUCUACUCCGGUCAACUGCUAGCAGCAGCAUGUUAUGUUUCAGUCUACCGAUACUGCUAUGCGACAGCCCCAGUUUUUAUUGUCCGUCACAGAUUUGGCGAUAUUCUUGUUCUCGCCUGGCCCCCUCCCUGAUACUUAUGAACUAACCAUUCAGGACACCAAAACUCCAGUCACUCUUGCUAAAGUCAUCAAGGUUCUUGGAAGAACCGGUUCUAGAGGUGGUGUCACCCAAGUCAGAGUCGAGUUCUUGGACGACACCUCCAGAACCAUUGUCAGAAACGUCAAGGGUCCAGUCAGAGAAAACGACAUCUUGUGCUUGAUGGAGUCCGAGAGAGAGGCUCGUCGUUUGAGAUAAGGAUAUACAAGUUAAUCUAACCAUAUUGUAUU